CGCGUUCGCCCGAACAUGGCGACACGGAGCAGCAGGAGGGAGUCGCGACUCCCCUUCCUCUUCGUCCUGAUCGCGCUGCUGCCCCUCGGGGCUGUCGGCCAGAUCUGGCCGCAGACGCUGACCGGCGGCCGCGCGCCUGGGCCCCAGGACCGGGGCUUCCUCGUGGUGCGGGGCGACCCGCUCGAGCUGCGGCUGGGGGCGCGCGGGGCGCCCCGGGGGGCGGACGAGAAGCCGCUCCGGAGGAGACGGAGUGCUGCCCUGCAGCAGGAGCCCAUCCAGGUGUACGGACAGGUUAGUCUCCAUGAUUCCCACAAUCAGAUGGUGGUCCACUGGGCCGGCGAGAAGAGCAACGUCAUUGUGGCCUUGGCCCGGGACAGCCUGGCACUGGCGAAGCCCAAGAGCAGUGACGUUUACGUGUCCUACGACUACGGAAGGUCGUUCAAGAGAAUCUCAGAGAAGCUGAACUUCGGUGAGGGGAACAGCAGCGAAGCUGUGAUUGCCCAGUUCUACCACAGCCCUGCAGACAACAAGCGUUACAUUUUCACAGAUGCUUACGCCCAGUACCUCUGGACCACGUUCGACUUCUGCAACACCAUCCAAGGCUUCUCCAUCCCGUUCCGGGCAGCCGACCUCCUUCUGCACAGCAAGGCUUCCAACCUUCUCCUGGGCUUUGACAGGUCUCACCCCAACAAGCAGCUAUGGAAAUCAGAUGACUUUGGCCAGACUUGGAUCAUGAUUCAGGAACAUGUGAAGUCUGUUUCUUGGGGAAUCGAUCCCUACGACAAGCCAAACACCAUCUACGUGGAACGGCACGAACCCUCUGGCUAUUCCACAGUUUUCCGAAGCACAGACUUCUUCCAGUCUCGGGAGAACCUGGAGGUGAUCCUGGAGGAAGUGAGGGACUUCCAGCUGCGGGACAAGUACAUGUUUGCCACAAAGGUGGUGCAUCUCUUCGGCAGUCCACAACCAUCCUCUGUCCAGCUCUGGGUCUCCUUUGGCCGGAAGCCCAUGCGAGCAGCCCAGUUUGUCACAAGACAUCCUAUUAAUGAAUAUUACAUCGCGGACGCCUCCGAGGACCAGGUGUUCGUGUGUGUAAGUCACAGUAACAACCGCACCAACCUGUAUAUCUCAGAGGCAGACGGGCUGAAGUUCUCACUGUCCUUGGAAAACGUGCUCUAUUACAGCCCAGCGGGGGCAGGCAGUGACACCUUGGUGAGGUAUUUUGCCAGUGAACCAUUUGCUGACUUCCAUCGAGUGGAGGGCUUACAGGGGGUCUACAUCGCCACGCUCAUCAGUGGCUCCAUGAAUGAGGAGAACAUGAGAUCCGUUAUCACCUUUGACAAAGGCGGGACCUGGGAAUUCCUUCAGGCCCCAGCCUUCACUGAAUAUGGAGAGAAAAUCAAUUGUGAGCUCUCCCAGGGCUGCUCCCUCCACCUGGCCCAGCGACUCAGCCAGCUGCUGAGCCUCCAGCUUCGGAGAAUGCCCAUCCUGUCCAAGGAGUCGGCGCCCGGGCUCAUCAUCGCCACUGGUUCAGUGGGGAAGAACCUGGCAAGCAAGACCAACGUAUAUAUCUCCAGCAGUGCUGGAGCCCGGUGGCGAGAGGCGCUUCCCGGACCUCACUACUACACAUGGGGGGACCAUGGCGGCAUCAUCAUGGCCAUCGCCCAGGGCAUGGAAACCAACGAGCUGAAGUACAGCACCAAUGAAGGGGAGACCUGGACCACAUUCGUCUUCUCGGAGAAGCCGGUGUUUGUGUACGGCCUCCUUACGGAGCCUGGCGAGAAGAGUACCGUCUUCACCAUCUUCGGCUCCAACAAGGAGAACAUCCACAGCUGGCUGAUCCUCCAGGUCAAUGCCACAAGUGCCUUGGGGGUCCCCUGCACGGAGAACGACUACAAGCUAUGGUCCCCAUCUGAUGAGCGGGGCAACGAGUGUCUGCUGGGGCACAAGACUGUCUUCAAGCGGAGGACCCCCCAUGCCACGUGCUUUAACGGAGAAGACUUCGACCGGCCGGUGGUCGUGUCCAACUGCUCCUGUACCCGCGAGGACUAUGAAUGUGACUUCGGCUUCAAGAUGAGUGAAGAUCUGUCACUGGAGGUCUGUGUUCCGGAUCCGGAGUUUUCUGGGAAUUCAUACGCCCCUCCCGUGCCUUGUCCCGUGGGUUCUACUUAUAGGAGAACCAGAGGCUAUCGGAAGAUUUCUGGGGACACCUGCAGUGGAGGAGAUGUUGAAAUGCGCCUGGAAGGAGAGCUGGUGCCGUGCCCCUUGGCAGAGGAGAACGAGUUCAUCUUGUACGCCAUGCGCAAGUCCAUUCAUCGCUACGACCUGGCCUCGGGGGCCACCGAGCAGUUGCCCCUCAGCGGGCUGCGGUCAGCGGUGGCCCUGGACUUCGACUAUGAGCGCAACUGCUUGUACUGGUCCGACCUGGCCUUGGACGUCAUCCAGCGCCUCUGUUUGAAUGGGAGUUCGGGGCAGGAGGUGAUCUUCAAUUCUGGCCUGGAGACAGUAGAAGCCUUGGCUUUUGAACCCCUCAGCCAGUUACUUUACUGGGUGGAUUCUGGCUUCAAAAAGAUUGAGGUGGGGCAUCCAGACGGUGACUUCCGCCUCACCAUUGUCAAUGCCUCUGUGCUUGAUCGACCCAGGGCUCUGGUCCUCGUGCCGCAAGAUGGGGUGAUGUUCUGGACCGACUGGGGGGACCUGAGGCCUGGCAUUUACCGGAGCAACAUGGAUGGUUCAGCUGCCUACCGCCUUGUAUCAGAGGAUGUGAAGUGGCCCAACGGCAUCGCCGUGGACGAGCAGUGGAUCUACUGGACGGAUGCCUACUUGGACUGCAUUGAGCGGAUCACUUUCAGCGGCCAGCAGCGUUCUGUCAUCCUGGACAACCUCCCGCACCCCUACGCUAUUGCUGUCUUUAAGAAUGAGAUAUACUGGGAUGACUGGUCACAGCUCAGCAUCUUCCGAGCUUCCAAGUACAGCGGGUCUGACAUGGCCAUUCUGGCGAGUCGGCUUACGGGGCCCAUGGACUUGAAGAUUUUCUACCGCGGCAAGACAACUGGAAGCAACGCCUGUGCGUCCCGGCCUUGCAGCCUGCUGUGCCUGCCCAAAGCCGACGGCGGCAGGAGCUGCCGGUGUCCAGACGGCGUGUCCAGCAGUGUCCUCCCGUCCGGGGACCUGAUGUGCGAGUGCCCUCACGGCUACCAGCUGAAGAACCACACGUGUGUCAAAGAAGAGAACACCUGUCUCCGCAACCAGUAUCGGUGCAACAACGGGAAGUGUAUCAACAGCAUCUGGUGGUGUGAUUUUGACAAUGACUGCGGAGACAUGAGCGACGAGAGAAACUGCCCAACCACCGUCUGUGAUCUGGACACCCAGUUCCGCUGCCAUGAGUCUGGGACCUGUAUCCCCCUCUCCUACAAGUGUGACCUUGAGGAUGACUGUGGCGACAACAGCGAUGAAAGUCACUGUGAAAUGCACCAGUGUCGGGGUGACGAAUACAGCUGCAGCUCUGGCAUGUGCAUCCGCUCCUCCUGGGUGUGCGAUGGGGACAACGACUGCAGGGACUGGUCUGAUGAAGCCAACUGUACUGCCAUCUAUCACACCUGUGAGGCCUCCAACUUCCAGUGUCGCAACGGACACUGCAUCCCCCAGCGCUGGGCGUGUGAUGGUGACAUGGAUUGCCAAGACGGCUCUGACGAGGAUCCCAACAACUGCGAGAAGAAAUGCAACGGGUUCCGCUGCCCGAACGGCACCUGCAUCCCAUCCAGCAAACACUGCGAUGGUCUGCACGACUGCUCGGACGGCUCAGACGAACAGCACUGCGAGCCCCUGUGUACUCGCUUCAUGGACUUCGUGUGUAAGAACCGCCAGCAGUGCCUCUUCCAGUCCAUGGUGUGUGACGGCAUCAUCCAGUGCCGGGAUGGCUCCGACGAGGACCCGGAGUUCGCAGGAUGCUCCCGAGACCCCGAGUUCCACAAGGUGUGUGACGAGUUCAGCUUCCAAUGUCAGAACGGAGUGUGCAUCAGUUUGAUCUGGAAGUGUGAUGGGAUGGAUGACUGCGGCGAUGACUCCGACGAAGCCAACUGUGAAAACCCCACCGAGGCCCCCUCCUGCUCCCGCUACUUCCAGUUCCAGUGCGAGAACGGGCACUGCGUCCCCAACAGGUGGAAAUGUGACCGGGAGAACGACUGCGGGGACUGGUCUGACGAGAAGGACUGUGGAGAUCUACAUGUUCUUCCCACCCCCACUCCCGGGCCCUCCACGUGUCUGCCCAAUUACUACCGCUGCAGCAGUGGGGCCUGCGUGAUGGACAGCUGGGUGUGCGACGGAUAUCGAGACUGUGUAGACGGCUCAGACGAGGAGGCCUGCCCCUCGCCCGCCAAUGUGACUGCUGCCUCCGCUCCCACCCAGCUCGGGCGGUGCGACCGGUUUGAGUUCGAGUGCCGCCAGCCGAAGAAGUGUAUCCCCAACUGGAGGCGCUGUGACGGCCACCGGGAUUGCCAGGAUGGCCAGGAUGAGGCCAACUGCCCCACGCACAGCACCCUGACCUGCACGGCCCUGGAGUUCCAAUGCCAGGACGGUGAGGCCUGCAUCAUGCUCUCUGAGCGCUGCGAUGGCUUCCUGGACUGCUCGGACGAGAGCGACGAGCGCACCUGCAGCGAGGAAUUAAAUGUAUACAAAAUACAGAAUCUUCAAUGGACAGCGGACUUCUCUGGGGAUGUAACUUUGACCUGGAUACGGCCCAAGAAGAUGCCCUCUGCUUCUUGUGUGUAUAACGUCUACUACAGGGUGGUUGGAGAGAGCAUAUGGAAUACUCUGGAGACCCACAGCAAUAAAACGAGCACAGUAUUGAAAGUCCUGAAGCCAGACACCACAUAUCAGGUCAAAGUCCAGGUCCAGUGUCUGAGCAAGGUGCACAGUACCAACGACAUCGUGACCCUGAGGACUCCUGAAGGAUUGCCAGACGCCCCUCGAAACCUCCAGCUGUCACUUCACAGGGAAGUAGAAGGCGUGAUCAUGGGCCACUGGGCCCCUCCCAUCCAUACCCAUGGCCUCAUUCGGGAGUACAUUGUGGAAUACAGCAGGAGUGGUUCCAAGAUGUGGGCCUCCCAGAGAGCUCUUAGCAACUUUACAGAAAUAAAGAACCUACUGGUCAACACUCAGUACACGGUCAGAGUGGCUGCGGUGACCAGUCGUGGAAUAGGAAAUUGGAGCGAUUCUAAAUCCAUUACCACCAUAAAAGGACAAGUGAUCCCACCACCAGACAUCCGCAUUGACAGCUACGGUGAAAAUUUUCUAAGCUUUACCCUCUCCAUGGACACGGACAUCAAGGUGAAUGGCUAUGUGGUGAACCUCUUCUGGUCAUUUGACACCCACAGACAGGAGAAGAGAACGUUGACCUUCCGAGGGACUGUCUUGUCACAGAAAGUUGGCAACCUGACAGCUCAGACGCCCUAUGAGAUUUCUGCCUGGGCCAAGACUGACCUGGGGGACAGUCCUCUGGCAUUCAAGCGAGUCACAACCAGAGGUGUCCGCCCGCCCGCCCCGAGCCUCAAAGCCAAGGCCAUCAAUCAGACGGCAGUGGAAUGCACCUGGACCGGCCCCAGGAAUGUGGUUUACGGUAUCUUCUAUGCCACAUCCUUUCUUGACCUCUAUCGCAACCCCAAGAGCUUGACUACUUCGCAGCACAACAGAACAGUCCUUGUCAGUGGGGACGAGCAAUAUUUGUUUCUGGUCCGGGUGGUGGUGCCUUACCAGGGGCCAUCCUCUGACUAUGUCGUGGUGAGGAUGAUCCCGGAUAGCAGGCUUCCUCCCCGCCACCUGCACGUGGUCCACAUGGGCAAAACCUCUGCUGUUAUCAAGUGGGAAUCCCCGUACGAUUCUCCAGACCAGGACCUGUUAUAUGCAAUUGCAGUUAAAGAUCUAAUAAGAAAGAGUGAGCGGAGCUACAAGGUGAAAUCCCGCAACAGUACCGUGGAGUACACGUUGAACAAGUUGGAGCCUGGAGGGAAAUAUCACAUCAUUGUCCAGCUGGGGAACAUGAGCAAAGACUCCAGUAUCAAAAUUACCACGGUUUCAUUAUUAGCACCUGAUGCCUUAAAAAUCAUAACAGAAAAUGACCACGUCCUUCUGUUUUGGAAAAGCCUAGCUUUGAAAGAAAAGUAUUUUAAUGAAAGCAGGGGCUACGAGAUACACAUGUUUGAUAGUGUCAUGAAUAUCUCAGCUUACCUUGGGAAUACUACUGACAAUUUCUUUAAAAUCUCCAACCUGAAAUUGGGUCAUAAUUAUACUUUCACUGUCCAAGCCCGAUGUCUUUUCGGCAGCCAGAUCUGUGGGGAGCCUGCGGUCCUGCUCUAUGAUGAGUUGGGGUCUGGUGGCGAUGCGUCAGUGAUCCAGGCUGCCAGAUCUACCGAUGUAGCUGCCGUGGUGGUCCCCAUCCUGUUCCUGAUCCUGCUGAGCCUGGGCGUCGGGUUCGCCAUCCUGUACACGAAGCAUCGGAGGCUGCAGAGCAGCUUCACGGCUUUUGCCAACAGCCACUACAGUUCCAGGCUGGGCUCGGCCAUCUUCUCCUCGGGGGAUGACCUGGGGGAGGACGAUGAAGAUGCUCCGAUGAUAACUGGAUUUUCCGACGACGUCCCCAUGGUGAUAGCCUGAAAGAGCUUUCCUCACUAGAAACCAAAUGUUGUAAAUAUUUUAUUUGAUAAAGAUAGUUGAUGGUUUAUUUUAAAAGAUGCACUUUGAGUUGCAAUAUGUUAUUUUUAUAUGGGCCAAAAACAAAACAAAAAAAAAAAAGAAAAGAAAGGAAUGAAUAAACUUUGUCAUAAUCAACUGUGAACUUCAAACCAGGUUGAUUUUAGUAACCAAAUUGCUUUGAUUUAAUAUUAAUAUAGUCUUACAGGGCUGUGCUUACUGGGCAUGCUUUUAAGUCUGUGAGAUAAUUUUAGUUCGAUAAAUUGGCCAUUCUUUUUAUUUUUCUAAGACGCAGAAAUGUAUUUAAUAAAGACUUCAAGAGAGAGUGAUGGAUAGAACCCCUCCUCCUUGAAAGUAAGCUCAAAUUUAAAUUUUUGUUUGCAGGUAGUUUAUACGAAAGUAUUUAGGUGUAUGCAGGGGGGACAUUUAUUUUAUUUUGUUAAUUUAUUGGGACUCUGUGUAGGGCCAGGCUUCAGUGGUCAUCUGACACCACAAAAUUUACGAGCACCCCCGCCUGCAGGGUUGGACGGUGAGGAACAGAAGCAGUUUUGUUGCCAUUCCGGAAACAAUCCAUUUUUAUCCGCUCGUGUGUCACACGAUGGUGUUUGGCAGAAGAGCCUGUUGAGUCAUUGCUCCAUUUCCGCUAAACAGAGCUAUAGCUUGGGAAGCCCUGCAAGCGGCCUUCUCUUAGGCUAAUGGAUGGACUCUCGCUGUACACACCUCUGUGCAAGAUGUAGCUUUCACAGCUACAGAAUGAUAACACUGUGUUAUUCUACACUGGUAUCAUUGUCACUGCAAAAAAUUACUCUGGCUGUGGGAAAGAAUUCUAGAUCUGUGCCAUGAUAGCUACACUGGCAGAUAUAGUACCUAAUUUUUCCUUUUGGGGGGAUUUUAUUUUAUUUUUUGGUUUGCUUUAACUUACCACUGGAGAAUCUCAAAUGGAAAGUGUUAUGUUUGUGUUGAGGUGGCCGCUUACUGUCCUUAGAAAUCCAUACUGAUAUAUGCAGUCACUUUGGAUUGGGUCAGUGCCUUCUCUUUCUCUUUUUUUUUAAAUUCUCUUCUUCCACCUCCCUCGCCUGUACCCCUGCCCAAUUUUAAGAGAAAAUGCUAUGCACUCUUACAGGAGAUGUGUGAAUUCGAGACCAUUCAGUCUAGCUCACAGUAACAGCAGUGCUAGCAUUGAUGUUCUUUGUAAGAUAAGCUGGGCUGUAUCCUUCUGCCUUUCAAUGCCUCCCCUGUAUUCAAACCAUGGCCUCUUGGUAGGUAUGUGAGAUCCACUGGGGACUGAUGCCCACUCUUGAGACCUACUGUUGUCAGCCUCAGUGUAUAGGGUUGUUGUGAUGCCUACUGUAUGCACCUCACUGCAGAAGUUCUUCCCAGCUGAGAAGCAGUGAGCUCUGGGGCUAUUCCAAAGUCAUGCUUUGGCAUAGUGUCCCUCACCUGCAGGCUCUGUCAAAGCCCCAUCUCCUCUUUGAUGCAACACAUCACCCUCUCGCAAGCCUUUGCUUUCUUUUAACCAAGAGUAUCAUUCUUGGCUGAUAACAUAGUUUUAUUCUACCUGGGGAGUGUUUGGGAAACAAAGAGCCAAUUAAAAUGUUUUUAGUUAAAAUUUUUUUUAUUUGUGUAUAUAUAUGUUUUGCUUGAGGAGUAUUUUCAAUUGUAGAUGUUAGGAUGUUGCAAAUGGUGGUAAAUGACUAGCCUUCUUCCAGCAUGAUUUCCUUCUCUUUCCUGUGUUAUGUUUUGAAAGAUUGGAAUUUCUUUGGCUUUAUCUGGUGUCUUACCUUGGAGUUUCGUUCAAAACUCCGAGCCCUACCACCUUCCCUUUUAAAUAAGCACUUUAAGUAACUGAAAGAUGAAUGAUCUGGUGGGAGGCAAGUCAUUUAAUUGAACCACUAGAAAGUCUAUUUUCUUGUGUUUUUUUUUUUUUUCCUGCCAAAUUUGGGGGGCAUUUGUGAAAGCUGAUAUCAAAGGCGCUGAGAUUUUAUAUUUAGUUCUUCCAUAGGCAAGCCUUUCUACCGAGCACAUGUCUCCAGUUGGCAACUUGAGAUGUUUCUGAGCGUCCGAGUCUUGUUUCCAGUGCCUGGCGAUGCUUAGCGCACCGUACUGUAUAGACUGGCCGUCACCCCUCUCCUUGGAAAAUGCCACUGGGCUGUUUGAGAACAAGCAGCCGUUUAGGGCUAGAGUAUUUUAUAUAAACAGAAGAGCUAAGUUCCUGAAGACUAAGCUAGACAGAUGCAGCUAUGUGUAAAUUGUAUAUUUUUAUGAACUUUUGAAGCACGCACUCUCACCUCCCUCUGCACAGCUUUGUGAGGUUUUGAUGUAUAUAUGCCGUCUGGGAGAGUCCCGAGGUGGGAGGGACAGGAGGAAUGAGAGCAGAGACUCCGUGGAGCCUUUGAAGGUGACCAGAUCACUGUCUUCACUGUGACCAAUCGGAGCCCCUGAAGAAGGGGCUUUCAUACCUCGUUGGAGAUGCCACCUCCAGAGUUCACACUGUACGGGAAAAAGGCUUUACUUUCUCCCAAGAUGCAUUGGGAUGUCGGAAGCCCGCAUCCACGUGGACGACAGUGGACUGCCAAUGGACCACUAUCGCAUGGUGGGCAGGGGGACUAUAUACAGAUUUUCUCUGGAAGGUGGUUUUACCCCUGGAUGGAUUGACUGCCCCUCGAGCCUUAGGAGAUGUGGGUCUGUGUGGAUGAAAUAAUAGAGAGGAGAGUCCUGCAGAGGAGUCAGGGAGAAACCAUGCCUAUGCAGAACCUUUUCCAGACAGGUGAGAUGCUCCCAUGACUGCUGGCUGCCCUGGCAAGCUGGGUGUAUAAUUACAAAGCUGGGUAACUGGUUGAAACUUCUGAUUUGGGGAAGAGGGUACAUCUGUGUUAGUACUGUGGGGUAUUUUAGGGGGACACAUGUGAGACACAGCUGCAUGUUCAUGUGUGACCCACUAGAUGAAGCUCUGCUUCAACCAAGUAAGGACAGUUGGGGCAGGAAGACUGGAGAACCCUUCCUCUGAUUAUUCACCCAGCGGUCACUCUCCAUCCAGUGAGAUCAUGUUCUCAGCACUUCCCUAAGGGCAGAAACCCCAUCCUGUCAGGUUAGGUUGGUCACUUUCCCACAAAGAAUGUCAUGGUGAAUCCCUGAGAUGUUUCUCUUCUUUGCAGAGCUGGGGGGGGGGUUCCCUCCGAGAAAAGACCCAGGCAAGUCAGCAAACCGGAUGCCACCUCCAUAUUGAUUUUAGGAAUUGACUUUGAAUAAAACUCUGUGCAGAAUCUCCACUCGUGUGGGGAUAGUAUCAUGACAUUGCUAUUGCAUUAUUUUUCUUAAAGGAAGUGUGUGCUGUCUUUCAGGUACAACUUUUGUGUAAUUAAAGCCAGUGCAUUAAGUUUAUAUAGACUACUUUCUAUGCAAGUCUGAGGUAGGAGCAGAUAGCAAGAGACUGUGUGUGCUGUUGGGUACAUGGAUGAUAAGCGUGUUUUCAGAAGGGGUACCCCCAGUGAGCACGGUUUGAGAGAGGAUGGGUUGUAUGUAUGUUUCUGCCCACUAAUUUUGAGCAGCCAUAUUUUGAAUUAAAUCAUCAGAGCCAAGUAACCCAAGAAUGGUAUUAGUUUCUUGUGUAAUAGCUCAAAUGGAACAAAUAUGAAUGCUGAAAUAUAAUAUUGUUCUCCGAUAUUCCAUGUCAUUUCUCACUUAAAACCUCUUGUUAUGAAUUAUUAGAACCUUUAGGCAAAAAUCGAAAGUAUUUGCAGCAAAAUAAAGGCCUAUUCUGCUCUUCAAGUGAAACACUGUAUACUUGUUUCUCUCCAAAGUGAAAUUCGAUAUUUAUGAUUUCAGUUGCCUUGAUAAGUUUCCGAAUCACUGGUUUAUGCUGAAGAUUUUACUCUAUUGUCACACAGUCUUAAGAUCAUUUUUGUCUCAAUGUCAUCUUUUUUCACUGAAUAAAAAUUUAACUGGGUCAAGAAAACA